GCGGGCGCGCUGGUGUCCGGCACGGCCAUGGCGGGCACGCUGGUGCGGAAGGCGGCGGACGACGUCCGGAGCAAGGACUUCCGGGACUACCUCAUGAGUACGCACUUUUGGGGCCCAGUGGCCAACUGGGGUCUUCCCAUUGCUGCCAUCAAUGACAUGAAAAAGUCCCCAGAGAUUAUCAGCGGGCGGAUGACGUUUGCCCUCUGCUGUUACUCCCUCAUGUUCAUGAGAUUCGCCUACAAGGUGCAGCCUCGGAACUGGCUUCUGUUCGCCUGCCACGCCACAAAUGAAGUAGCCCAGCUCAUCCAGGGAGGACGGCUGAUCCGGCAUGAGAUGUCUAAGAAGGCCUCGGCGUAACCACGGCAAAUGAAGAACCGGCUUUUGAAGGGAGGCAUUGCCAGCUGCUGCGGCUGAGUCGCAGGUCACAUCCUCAUCCUCGUGAAUGGUCUGGCGGAGGAAAAUAUGCAGCAUACUGUUUUUACUAAGCAGGCUACUUUUCUAGAAAUAGCAGAGCGUUCCUAACCCUACUCUCGCUGCCUUACAAGUACUGAAUAUUUUACUUCUCUUCAGAAAGAGCAGCUCAAAUAUGCAAUCAAUUUAAUAAUUCCCAGUGGUGGUUUUAUCUGCAGUAACAUGUAUAUUAUCUAUUAGAAUUUACUUAAUGAAACAACUGAAGAGAACAAAAUUUGUAACCAUCAGCAUUUAAGUUUUCAGAAAUCACCUUUCGUUUAAUGACCAUGAGACAGCCGACAGCUGAACUCACAUUGCCAGUGUUUGGAAAGGUUAUUUGUAUUUCCAUGCAGUGUGUAUAUUAAAAUGCUGUAAAUUAAUGGCAAUAAAUGACUUAAAUAUU